AUGACUGUCUCUACCACCCCAGCCCAUUUCAUCUGCCCUUUGACUCAUGCCAUCAUGUCUCGCCCUGUGCAACACCGAUACACCGAACACAGCUUUGAACACGACGCCGUCAUGGAACUCAUUGGCGAAGGAAACGCCUUGUGCCCACUGACGGGAGAGUCUUUGACUGCCGAUGAUUUCGAUGACAAUAUUGAACUCGAGCGUGAAAUCCGCAAGUGGAACAAGAAGCGCAUUGGACGCACCGUUAGCAAGGACUCGACCAAGGGAUCCACUAGCCCCAAAGUCCGAGAACGUCUCUGCAAGACCAAAGCAGCACACGUCUUGGGAAUGCGCAACAAGGUCCUCCAACAACGAGAAGAGAGACUGAGAGCUCUUCAGGCUGUUCAAUAA